CCUUGAUCCUUGUUUGUUUGUUUCAACAUUCAUUUCAAUGGAUUUGUUUGAAUUUACCAGAAAACAAUCAAACAUACGUCAAGGCUAGGCUGUUAAUAACACACUAUGAAUCAUAUUCGAAGAAACAGAGAAAAAUUUUUGUUUGAUGUUAUAAUGGUAAUACAAAGAAAAAAAAUCAGAAUGUUAUGAAAAUAAAAACGUCAACCAAGCAUGUAAAAAUCAUUUUUUAUAGCCAUGUUUAUUAUGACAAAAAUAUCACUAUAUUUGAAAUAUUUUUUGUUUGUUUACGAUUAGAACGGAAAAGGCUGGUCUUCCUGUCCACACACACACACACACUUACACACUAGUUGCAACUAAGCAAACAUAUAGAAAUGGCUAACAUUAUCAUAUGGUUUUAUCCAUUAGAUUAAGACAAUUCAACGCAUUUCUAUGGUGUAACAAAAAGAUUGCUUUUUCAUACGAUAUUAAAUGAUCAAAUCAAUGGUCACAUUCAAUUUGAAUCAAUUUUUGUACUGAUUUUGUAAUGUAAAUAAACUUUUCAAAUGAAAGUGUCGCAGGUGCUGUUUGAUUCCAGCAUUAUUUUUGUGCUAUUGAUCGUAUCGUUAUCAGCAUUAUUUAUUCGAUCUAGUUUAGCAGUGGGAAUCGAUGAAGAAUCUGAUGGCCCAAUGAAACGAUGGAAUGCUGGACAAAUGAUGACUGUUGGUAUACCGAUUGAAGAAGCCAUUGAACGAAUACGUUCCAUGCCCCAUCGUCGUAAUGCAUUGAUUCGUAGCCUGGGUGCUACAUCAUUAACACAACGAGCUGGUCGCAAUCUUAUAUUUCGCGUGUUGCUUACUAUCGGUCAUCAAAAUGGAUUAACACAAUGUACGGCACAGGUGAUGUGCGAACAAACCUGCCAGGAUGAGGUGAAUAAAUCGGCCAAUAACUAUUUCGAUACAUAUCCAACUGAUGAUACAUAUGUAUCAUAUAUAUUGGCAGCUAUUGAAAAAGGCAGAGAAUUGGGUGGCGUUUACCAUUGUGAUCAAUGUCAAACAUUGUAUCCUAAAUGUAACAAUGAAUCUACUCGUCAACAAGUAUUGACUAAAUAUUCAUAUUUAAUGGAUGUGACCAACUAUGUACUUAACAAGAUUCCUUCAUAAGAUUCUGUUUCAAUUUUGACCAUUGCCAUAUUCUUGGAUAUAAUAUAAAUGAACUAUUUAACAAAAAAAAAGAAGAAAUCAAUAGAAUUUAUUCAAUUUAGAGAAGAAUGACUAAAAUUUUAUUUUUCAUUCAAUUUUCAAUAGAAUCAAUAUUGAAAGACCAAAUAUAAUCCCAUUUCAAUAAAAACUUUUAUUUACUA